UCAGUUCGGAUUCUCGUCAGUCUCAACAGCAGGUCUCAGGCCAGGCCAGGCCAAACCAACAAACCAACAAAAUCUAAUUCCGCUUUUCAUAUCAGUUGCUGUCGUUGGCAGCAUCGUGGCGGUUCGUCGGUCAAGUGGCUCCUAGAACAAAAAACCCACACACAAAUCAGUGGAGAGAUAGUAACAAUAAAAUAAUAUUUAUUUAAUAUUUUAUUGAACAAAUAUCAGAUUUUUAAACGGCCCAUUCCCCCCUCAACCACCUCAAAUAAUACAUAAUGCCACCAAAUAAGCCAUAUGAGAGGCCAGCGGAUUUUAUUGAUCCUGGCCUGCCAUCGAAAUGUAAAUGGCAUUUGGGAACCAAGGAACAGACGCCACACACUCAGCGUGAGAUCGCCCAUAGGCAAAAGAUAACACCGGAUAUUCUGCAUGUGAUUGGAAUGACGCCAUUGGUUAAGCUAAAUAGCAUUCCAGCCAAAGAGGGCAUACAAUGUGAAAUGUAUGCCAAAUGUGAGUUCUUGAAUCCAGGGGGUUCAGUCAAAGAUCGUAUUGGCUAUCGCAUGGUCCAGGAUGCCGAGGAGAAGGGUCUAUUGAAACCUGGUUAUACAAUCAUUGAGCCAACCUCUGGUAAUACGGGCAUUGGCCUGGCCAUGGCCGCUGCUGUCAAGGGCUACAAGUGCAUCAUUGUGAUGCCCGAGAAAAUGUCCAAUGAGAAGGUCUAUGCCUUGCGUACCCUUGGCGCCAAGAUCAUUAGGACACCAACUGAGGCGCCAUACGAUUCACCCGAAGGUCUCAUCUAUGUGGCCCAGAAACUGCAGCGAGAGACACCCAAUUCCAUUGUCCUGGAUCAGUAUAGGAAUUCGGGCAAUCCAUUGGCCCAUUAUGAUGGCACUGGAGCCGAGAUCCUUUGGCAAUUGGACAACAAAGUGGAUAUGAUUGUCGUUUCGGCUGGCACGGCUGGCACUAUUAGCGGCAUUGGUCGCAAGAUUAAGGAACAGGCGCCCGAUUGUAAAAUUGUUGGCGUCGAUCCAUUUGGCUCAGUCUUGGCCCGUCCCAUGGAACUGAAUCGCAGCGAUGUGCAAUUCUAUGAGGUGGAGGGCAUUGGCUAUGAUUUUCCACCCACCGUCUACGAUGCAACGACCAUCGAUGUGUGGACAAAGAUCGGUGAUGCCGAUUGCUUUCCCAUGAGCCGGCGUCUCAAUGCCGAGGAAGGCCUCCUCUGUGGUGGCUCCAGCGGCGGUGCCAUGACCGCAGCCCUGCAGCAUGCCCGCACCUUGAAGGCCGGUCAACGCUGUGUGGUCAUAUUGCCGGAUGGCAUUAGAAAUUACAUGACAAAAUUCGUCUCGGACAAUUGGAUGGAGGCCAGGGGCUUCAAAGAGCCUGUCAACGAGCAUCAUCAUUGGUGGUGGUCUGUCCCCAUUAGCGAAUUGAAACUGAAGCAACCACAGGAAUUGCUGCCAUACAAUUGCACAGUGGGUACGGCCAUAGAGACCAUGAAGAAGCUUCAAGUCCAGCAAUUGGCCCUAAGCGAUGAGGACAAUAGCUCCAUACUGGGUGUUGUCAGCCAGGACACGUUGAUCAAUCAGAUUGUCAGCCUGAAUCGUCAGCUCACGGAUCCAGCCACAAAGGCUCUGAAUAAACGUGUCAUACGUCUAAGUGAAUCCGAUAUUCUGGGUAAACUUGCUCGUGUCCUUGAAGUUGAUCCAUGUGUACUGAUCUUUGGCACAAAUUCAACGAGCGGCAAAGAAGAGCUAAAAGCUCUGGCCACAAAAUUGGAUGUGAUUGCAUUUAUUGGAAAUGGCAGCGCCAAAACCAAUGGCACCAAUUUGAAUGGAAAGCAUUAGCACUUAUAUACAUACAUAUAUAACUCGAAAGACACGCGAUGUGGGCUCAAAAAUCUCUGCAUACAAAAAUAAAUAAGAUAGAUACAUUUAUAUACACACACACACAUACAUACAAACAUAUAUACGUAUUGCUCCUUCAAUAAAAAAAAGACAGAAACUGGUCAAUAAAUUUUGAAACAAAA